UCGUCUCAACCAUUUCUCUCAACCAAACCAAACUCCAAACUUUUCUCUUCACACCCACACACAAGCCUGCCUCUAACACACAGGAGGUAGAAGAGAGAAAGAGCAAGAAAAUGGCUAAGGAAUAUCAGAAGAACAGCAUGUUCAUAGAGCAAAACCCACAAUCCGCCGUCCUCGAGAACGGCGACUUCCGCAAGAACGUCGACGAAGACGGCCGUGCCAAAAGAACCGGGACAUGGGUAACGGCGAGUGCACACAUCAUAACGGCCGUGAUUGGGUCGGGAGUGCUGUCUCUGGCAUGGGCCAACGCGCAGUUGGGCUGGGCCGCCGGCCCAGCAGUCCUGAUGGCCUUCUCUUUCAUCACUUACUUCACCUCCACCCUCCUCGCCGACUGUUACCGGGCACCGGACCCCGUCACUGGCAAGCGGAACUACACCUACAUGGACGCGGUCAAAGCCUAUUUAGGGGGAAGAAAAGUUCAGCUCUGUGGAUUGGCGCAGUAUGGAAAUCUGGUUGGGAUAACCGUCGGUUACACUAUCACUGCCUCUAUCAGUAUGGUAGCCGUGAAAAGGUCAAACUGUUUCCACAAGAACGGCCAUUCUGCAAAGUGUUCCAUAUCAAACUACCCGUUUAUGAUAAUAUUCGGUUGUAUCCAAAUAGUUCUGAGUCAAAUCCCAAACUUUCACGACCUCUCAUGGCUCUCCAUACUCGCUGCCGUCAUGUCCUUUGCUUAUUCCAGUAUUGGCGUUGGUCUCUCCAUAGCAAAAGUCAUAGGUGGAACACAUGCAAGGACAACCUUAACCGGAGUGACAGUUGGAGUGGACGUGACGGGAUCAGAAAAGGUUUGGAGGACAUUCCAAGCCAUCGGAGAUAUUGCUUUUGCUUAUGCCUUUUCUACCGUUCUUAUUGAAAUACAGGAUACAUUGAGAGCAAGUCCCCCGGAGAACAAAUCCAUGAAAAAAGCAACUUUUACUGGCAUAGCGACUACCACGACGUUCUACGUCCUGUGUGGUUGCGUUGGCUAUGCAGCAUUUGGAAAUAAUGCACCUGGAAACUUCCUCACUGGAUUCGGAUUCUACGAACCCUUUUGGCUAAUCGAUUUCGCAAAUGUCUGCAUCGCCAUUCAUCUCAUCGGUGCCUAUCAGGUCUUCUCCCAACCCAUAUACGGAGUUGUGGAAAGGUAUUGCUCAAACCGCUUGUCGGAGAACAAGUUCAUAACAAGCGAGUACGCUGUUAACAUUCCGUUCCAUGGUGCUUAUUACGUCAGCCCUUUCAAGGUGGUGUGGAGAACCGCCUACGUUAUAUUGACGACAGUGAUAGCUAUGAUUUUCCCUUUCUUCAAUGACUUCUUGGGUCUCCUCGGGGCAGCCUCGUUUUGGCCGUUGACCGUUUACUUCCCUAUCGAAAUGCACAUUGCUCAGACCAAAACCCCCAAGUACUCCUUCAGGUGGACCAUGCUCAAGACCUUGAGUUGGGCAUGUUUGGUAGUGUCAAUUGUGGCUGCUGCUGGUUCUGUUCAAGGAUUGGCCACAGAUGUUAAGACAUAUAAGCCCUUCAAGACACAAUAAUCCUUUGCCAUAUAGCUUUUAGUGGGUCCCCAGCAUUUGUGUGAUAGAUUUCCUCUUUUCUUUAACCAUAAAAAGAUAUUUUACCUGCAAGUCUGUACGUCAUCUUUGCUGCCAAAUGUUUGUAAGGUCUUUUAGACUGGCUGAAUAUUUACAAUAUAUUCAUCUGAAGGAGCAAAAGAAACAAGGCUAAAUGGAAGUUUCUUCAAUAAGGUUACAGACACCAUGGCUUUUGUGAUUUGUUUACCGUUUUAACUCCUCAAGCAUCUAGUAAAUUCAUGCUUGAUAAGUUCGGACAAAGUAAACAAAAUGUGACAAGGUAUUUUCUUUC